UCGUUCUGCGCUGCCACCACUGGUCACACUGUUUGGCGCUCUUUCUUGUUGUCGCAGCAAUUUUCGUUUGCUUGUAAAAAAAAUCAAAAAAUCAAUCAAACAAAUGAUGGGACCCUUUGAUCCACGCUCCAUCAUCAACGGCAGCAUGAUGAAACAGUUUGCCGGCCAGACCGUCAGCAUUAUGGUGCGCGUGGAGAGUGUCGCCGGGUCCACGCUGCUGGCCAAUUCCACGGACAAUCAAAAGCUGCGCAUCAAUCUGCCUACCGAUCUGGAUGCCGCCCAGGGUGCUUGGGUGGAGGUGAUUGGAGUCCCCCAUGGUGCCGAUACCAUACGCGCCAAGGAGGUCAUCGAAUUCGGCGGAGAGGACAUUGAUUUUGAUACCGAUGGCUACAACGGCGCUGCACAUCUAAUGAACAAUGUCAAAUCGUUCUACCGCAGCGGCUGAUCAGAGUCCUCCCUAUAAUUAAUGUAUUUUUCUUUGAAUAAAAUAUAAGCAUUUUUUUUGGUUUGUCUCACAA